CGCUGAGACGAAACAACAGUCAGUGCCUAUCCAUUUAGAUCAGUCCUCUCCUCGUAGGCUGCCGGUUUUCUCUGUUAGUGUCACCAGGACGUGUUCUAAAGCUACAGGCCCGGAGAAAAUUACCUCGAUGACUAACAACAGAAGAGGACGGGUGGUUACGGUCUCUAGUCCCACCCUGUUGGUGUGAUGAGGGUUUUCCUUGGGGCGCUUGUGGUGUACACGGCAGGCUGACCGGUCGGUGGUGUUGCGUUCUCCGUCAGACGAGUUGUGGAACUCGCGGUGCGAGAGUUGGUGAGGGCACGGGGUCUUUGUUAGGCUAGCGGCCCUGCCCGAAACCGGCAGAAGAGGAGACAGUGUUUCCUUGGCGCGUGUUCAAGUCGGAGAGAACCCUCUGGAUUACUACAUUUGUUGGCGAAGUGCUCCGCCGCGCGGGACCAGGGAAUUUGGCGCGGGAGAGAAGUGCAGCGGGGCCGGGACGGACGGACGGCUCGAGCUCGUUGCCUGACGAGGCCGCCAGCAGGACGGGAUAUGCCUUACACCACCUUCUGCCUUCGCAGUUGCGAUGCCUUACUCUAACAAUGUGGAGAACGAUACUUUUCUGGGUCCUGCUUAGCCUGGUGCCCGAACUGAGGGCCACGGGGAACGAUAUCCUUGGCCUGAAGAUCCCGGAAGACCCUGUGCUGAACGCCAACACCGUGUGCCGUACGUUCCCCGGACUCAGCAAGAAGCAGCUCCAACUGUGUUACGAGUACCCCGACGUGACGGCGGCGGCCAUCCAGGGCGUGCAGAUAGCCAUCCACGAGUGUCAGUGGCAGUUCAAGAACCACCGAUGGAACUGCUCCAACCUGGAGACCAAGAACAAGAACCCGCAUCUCACACAGAUCGCUAGGAAAGGUAUCCGGGAGACAGCGUUCACCUUCGCGUCGGUGUCUGCGGGAGUGGCUCACGCCGUGGCGAACGCCUGCAGCCUGGGGAAGCUGCACACGUGCGGCUGUGACAAUGACUACCCCACCAAGCCUCAGAUCCCCACCUACUCCCCCAGCUCCUUCCCAGGGGCCAUCCCCGGCGGCCCGAUCCCAGGGUACCCUCCGGGGUACACGCAGGGACAGACGGCCGUGCUACACACGAACAGUGGCGGCGGCAAGUCGUACAACGAUUGGUCGUGGGGAGGUUGUAGCCACAACAUUGAGUACGGCAUCAAGUUUUCCAAGGAUUUCCUGGACUCUCGCGAGACGUCGGUGGACAUCUUCUCGAGAAUGAGACUUCAUAACAACAGAGCAGGCCGGCUGGCCGUGUCCACCAACAUGCAGCGGCGGUGUAAGUGCCACGGCAUGUCCGGCAGCUGCAACCUGAAGACCUGCUGGAAGGCCACGCCGGACUUCCGCGAGGUCGGCGUCAUCCUGAAGGAGCGGUUCGACUACGCCACGCAGAUCAAAGUCAGCAACGACAACUACGGGAGGCUAGAGACGAUCUACGCCAACCGCCCUCCCUUCGCCACAGACCUGGUCUACUUCGACAGGUCGCCGGACUUCUGUGAUAGGAACAGGGAGCUGGAGACUCCGGGCACGAGAGGACGCAUCUGCAACAAAACCAGCUCGGGGCCGGACAGCUGCGCGGCUCUGUGCUGCGGCCGGGGGUUUAACAUAUUCAGACAGACUAGAGUCGAGAGGUGCAACUGCAAAUUCCACUGGUGUUGCUACGUCAUCUGUGAGGAGUGCCGAAUCACAGAAUGGGUCAACUCUUGUAAAUAGUCCCUCUGAAUGGUACGUCACACAGGCGGCGGACUACAUCCGCGGAUGGAUACUUCUGUGCCCGUGACAAGGACCCCAGACAAAGUCACUGUACUGCAUCAUGAAAUGGGCACUGCAUGUAAUGUCUGACAUGAAGACAUACCGGGCAAGGAUAAAGAGAUUUUCUCCUCAUCGCAAGCAACAAAAGCAAGCCAACAGAAACUGCCUUUAGCUCGCCCAAGAUACAACGCUUGAUGAUAGACUAAUAAGAAAGCAUCUGGGCUUGUGGCGUGUCACAAAGAAACAUGCAUGUACUGACGAUGGGCAUGGCCAAAAAGAAGAGGAAACCUUUAAAUAUGAAGUGCAUUUAAUAGUUGACCUCUAUUCUACGUCUGUUGUAAAGUGUAUUUUCGCGUUAGAAUUAGACUGUGGACAUAACUACCUGUGGAAUCCAUUGUAGACUGUAAACCGUAAGAUCGCUAAUCUUGCCACUCCGGAAGAUCGAGAGAAAGCCUGAGGGAUUGUACAUUUUGCCGAGGAGGAACGAUGGGACAGAACCAUUUCAUAUUAACGUUGUAUAUAUAGGAAAGUUUACGGUAAGGAGCUAUGAAGGUCGCACUAAUCGAAGGACUUUCUGGUGAGGGAAAGACGACAAGCCUUUUAUCAAAAUGGCGCCUGUGUGUGGUGGUGUUUCCGUGGAACAUUCUAUUCUGCAAUGGAGAAGUCCGGUUCUUGCCGGGAAAUAAACAGUAUGAAAUAUUUCCCGAAUGUAUCAAUGCAAUGAUACAGCACAAAUUUACAGCAGUAUUGGUCGCAUCUACAUGUAUGUAUUCAUCAUACAGUUCUUUCUACCACAUUUAGAUCAUCGGGAUAUUGGUCACCCUUGACCUCUAGUAGGUCACCCUUGACCUCUAGCAGUACAAUACUACACAUCGUGCAUGCAUAUGUCAGCUUAACGAUAUAGACAAUAUUGAAAACAUGAAGCGCAACGCAAUGUAGCUAACAGGAAAAUAUGGUUUCCACCAAUGUUUACAACCCGUGGUUAUGACACCAUGUGCUCUGAAAAAAUAAUAAUUGAUAAACAAGAAACAUUUCUACCACACAGUUCGUCUAGUGAUGACGUGGCAAAUUGUAUCAACAUUUUGUGGUCCGUAUGGUUGUUUACUUUAAAGUCAACAAACACCCUUUUUUAAGGAAGGAAAGAAACUGGCUUAUGACGGUAUCACUAUUAUUUAAAGAAAUAUGAAAGCAUUUGUAACUGCUCUCUUCCCAGAUGGUCGUUCUCACAUACUUUAGUGAACUCUUGUGUUGCUUGUGUAAAUAGUGGAGAGUGUGUGCCAGCUAUUAACACUGUCUCAAACAAGUUCUUAACCAUUGAAAAUUGUAGAUCUGAAUUAUGUCACAUAAUAUGUGUAUGUUGACAUUGUUAUCAAGGAUUGGCCAUACAAUGAUAGAUAAGUAUAGAAUAUAGAAUAGACAUCCUGACUAGCCAUUUGUAAACUUGUACAUCACAGUUUUUAUAUUGAUCAUCAGCCUUGUGCCUUAUCCUUUGUGGCUUUCACUGAUGGGUGCCUUUAAGCCCCUGUCACACAUUCAGAACCUUCCCCCGUCCACCAACCAGCCAAGUCAAAUUUAGACCCCCAACACGCCCCGACGACUGCCGACCUACUCCCAAACUCUAGCCAACCACCAGCCAACGUUCGGCCUUCGCAGCCAAACACCAGCCGACCUUGCUCCCGACCUACUCCUAACCAUGGUUGUGGAAGUUCGGCCAGUGUUGGGGAGGCCACAUACAAUGUACGGAUGUGUGACAGGGGCUUUACUGCUGCCCCCAUAGUGACACCUGUGCGGACAAGUGUUGAUAUUAAUGUAGCGAGAAAUAGCUGACGGUUCAAUCAAAAUGGCUGACAGUGACGGAUGGCCGAAGCAUGCUGGGACGCUGUAAAUGUAACGCUUCCUGUAAUUUAAUCUCGCAAAUUCCUUUCUAUAUCAAAAACGGAAAUGCAGUGAUAAGAAAAAAUAUUUUGUUCGCGACGCCUUGAUGAUGUUUCGUAACUCAAUCCGCUUGAUGUUACGUUUAUAUAAAGCGAUUCCUCAUUUUUAAAAGAGUAGUAUGAUAUUGCAAACUUACAUAACUUAUCAACUUGUUUUGUGGGUGUGAUGUGUGAUAUUGUCCAUUGUAAUUUCCUGAGAAGCGUUGAGAUAUCUGUUGACGCUUUUUACAUGUGUUUAUUUGUACGUGUGCGUUUGCAACGAGCUGUUGAGAACAUUGUGAUGUAACGUAAUUAUUAUUUUGCCAGCAAAGUUGGGAACCAUUUGCAAUAAAAACUGUCAAUAU